AUGUUUAUUGUCUUACUUGCACUAUUUACAUUCUCUUCAUUUUCAAAAGAAUGUUCAUGUAAUACAUUUAUGAGCCUUAGCUCUGAGUGUACAUCAGUAACAGUUGAUUCUAAUUGUUAUUUAAUAGUUGAUAGUCCUUCAACUGUUUCACUCAGCACAUCUGGAGAAUCUUCAGGUAAAGUUGUUGUUCAGAGAGGUGCUUCUCUUACUGUUCCUUCUAUGAAAGGUGUUCAAAUUAGUAAUCGUGGGAAUCUCCUUUUACAAGGAGCUACUAGUGGAAAAAUAUUCAGUUCUGGAGAAAUAACCAUUUCUGGAGGUGUUACUUUAGAUUAUAUUUCAGUGAGUAGUGAUGCAUCAGGAUCUAUUAGUUUUGGAGAAAGUACUGAAUCACAUGAUGUUAUUUUUAAACAAGCUAUUCUAUCAAAGGGGUUUAGUGUUUCAGCACCUUAUAAACUAAGUAUUGAAAAACUUGGUUCUGAUAGUUCUGAAAUAGUUAAAGUUACUUCUGCCCGAUUUGAUAUAACCGUUUCAUCAUAUGAGAGUGAUAUUUCAUAUUAUUUAUAUCAUAAUAGUCUCAGUUUUACAACAGGAAAUGGUUUAACUAAAGACAAGACAAGUACAAUUAAAUGUUAUCAAAAUACAUUUAGUAUAAUUUCUGGAGAUUUUAGUUCUGGGGCUGCAUGUCCAUGUUCAUCAUCUAAUGAGCUUUGUGAUUUAUUUAUUGGGGCAGAAGGUACUAUUGAGUCAGAAGAGUCUCAUUACAAUACAUUAACAGUUGAUGGAGAUAAAGAGAUUGUUCUAAAAGGAAAAGAAGAAUCAACACUAACAAUUUCAACUCUUGCUCUUAGUGCAGAUAUUAGUUUUGAAAAAUUCAAAAAAGUUGUUAUUUAUUCACAAACAGGUGAACAUAAAAUUACUAUUAAAGAUACUGUAAAAGAGUUUUCUAUUCUUAAAGCUUCUUCUAGGGAAAUUGAUACAAGUGCUAGCACUUUCACAGUUCAAUCUUCCAUUUCAAGUUCAGUUAGGUUAACUGUUCAAAAGGGAAAUGCAAAUAUUCUUUCAGACAAUAAUUUUAUUAUUAAUGCAAAUGGAGGGAGUGUUACUUUUAAAGGAAGUAAGUUUAGUGGGGAAGAUGUUGUCAUUCUCAAUUCAGGGUAUCUUGAUAUUACUGGUGUUAAGAUUUCUAAAGAUUUCACUUCAACAAUAAAAUUAAGUUCUAAUAGUUAUAUCAAAAUCAAACCAAACUCAACUACUAUUGAUGACCAUUUUAUAGUCACUUCUUUAGAUGAAGAAAAUAAAGAGUUGGUGCCAUAUCUUUCAUGUGAUUUAAGUUAUAUUAGAUUGGGUACUGGUAGUGAAACUUGUUUAUGUAUGUAUAAUGAUCCAACAAACAACUAUCUUAGUUGUGACUCAUUCUAUUCUGUUGGUUCAGGAGAUCUUGUGAUGGAUGAUAAAAACAUGUUUAAUGAUUUUAGUAAACAAAAAUUCACUUUUGGACAUGACAGUCUUAUUAUUGGAGGUAAUGAAUUUACUUCAGGGUUAUUUAGUGAACUUGAUAUGAAAGAUAAGAGUAAUGUUAUCAUUAAAUCUUCUUUAGAUGGCAUGUUUGAUCUUACAAUCUCAAAAUUCACAAAUGUUCCAAAAUAUUUAACUUUUGAAAACAUAAAUCUUACACUUCCAGCUAACUUUGUAUUUUCAGAUGAUCAAGUACUUAUAUUGAAGAAUUCUAAAGUUUCAUUUAACCAACAACAAAAGUUCAAAAGAAUUGAAAUGGAUCACUUGAGUAGUAUUAAGAAUACUGGUGGUAAUGUUAUUGCAGAAACAGCUCACUUUGAUCUUUCAGGACUUAACACUGAUGUUAGUGAACCACUCAUUGAACUAGCAAAUGAUCCUUUAGUUGUUAAUAAAGUUAUUACAUACACAAAAGGUACUGAAUCAGAUAGUCACUAUCUUGUCAUCACCAAAAGUAAUGAUUUUAAGAGUUAUAAUGGGGAUAUACCAAAUGGACUUUCUCUAAAAUGUACUAAUAGGGCUUUUAUGUAUGUAGGAUCAGCUUCUAACAAUUUUAAAUGUUCUGAAAUAGGACUUGCACAAAAGGUUUGUAAACUCAAGAAUACUGAUAUCAAUGAUAAUACCAUUGAUUUGUCAUCACCAAAUUCUUAUGAAGGAAAUAUUGAUCAAGGGUGUCCAUGUAGACAUGAUAUUUCUGAGUCAUCAGAUAGUUGUGAUGUUGUUUUUGAUAGUGAAGAUAGUGAUAUUUUAUUUACUUCCUCUAAAAAUGAACAAACAUUCUCUUCUAUGAAUAUUAAAGCUAAAAGUGUUAAUUUUGAAUUCAAUAAAUUUAUUGUCAAUGCACUUUAUUUGUCAUCUAAUGUUGAUUUUAAUACUCCUGGUGGUGUUAAAAUCACAACACUUGAAACAAUGAAAGAUGUUAAAAUUAUAUUCCAUCAUCAAUCUACUCUUGGUUAUACUAAAAUUCAUCCAAGUACUACCUUAGAUAUAAAAUGUGAAACUGAUACAUUCUUUGAAGGUAAUAUUAAUGUUUUAGAAAAAAGCGAUGAAGGAUUAAAUGAGGAUGAAUCUGCUAUAUCAGAAGGAAGUGGUGUAUUCAAUUUAGAAGUUGAUUCAGAAUUAACUAUUAGAAAUACUUCAAAAGUUAUUGUGAACAGUUUAAUGAUUUAUAAAAACAAUGAAACGCAAUCUCAUAUUACUAUAAAUGAAGGUUCAAAAUUAAAAUUUGUUAAUGGUGCAAAAUUACAGUAUGAUAUGAGUGUAUUUAGUCAUAAAACUAUUUUUGAUUUUGAAAAUUUGAAUCAAUUUGAGGCUAGCGAUAUUUCUUAUACCCAAACUGGAGAUCAAUUAACUUGUAGUGCUCUUGCAAGUGUUAAUUCUUAUAAUAAUGAACAACCAACUUCUCUUGAUCAAAAAUAUUUUGAUGUUGGAUGUAAUCCAUUAAAAAUUAUUUUAUGUCCAGCAUCUUUUGUAAAUAAUUAUGCUUGUGAAGGAAGAAUUGAUUGUGUAUUCAAAGAUACUGAUGAUGACAUAAUACUUGCAAACGAAAGUUCCUCAUAUUUAUUAUCACCUAAUUGUCCCUGCGGCCAAGAAGAUCAACAAUCAUCUAAAUACACAUCAGCAUGUUCUGUAUCUAUUCCUAAUACAUUAAAUGGUAAAAAUAUUACAAACUUCUAUGGGCAUUAUGUUGAUGUUAGAGUUGAUUCUUCUGUUUCUAUUAAUGUAACCAGUGCAUCUGUUGAUAUCCAAAAUUUGAUUCUCAGAGGUACUAUUUAUAUCAGUAAAGAUACAAAUGAUGCGAAUGAAGGAACUGGUAAAAUUACUGCUAGUUGUAUUGACAUUUACACUAAACAGCCAACCAAAGUUUAUUUUGAAAUUCCUUCUGAAAUUAAAUCAACUAAGACAAGAGAGUCAAGUGUAUUCUUUUCUUUCCGUGAUGAAACAUCCUUCAGACUUGGUAACACUGAUAACUCAACGAUUGGUAUUGAGCAGGGAAGUUCUAUAACUCUUAACUUGAAUGGUAUACCUUCUGACAAAAAUAUUGAGUUAAGUCUUGGAACAGAUAUGAAAGAUGCUGAUCUUGCUCUUAUGGCUAAAAAACCUUUACGAUUUACUAGUGAUAUUAUUGUAAAUAGAUUAACACUUAGCAGAUCACAAUAUCCAGGAGAACAAGACUCAAGUAAUAAGUUAUUCUUCCUUGAUAUCGGAGAUGAUCAUGUAUUUAAAGUGAAUAGUCUUUCUGUUGUUCCUUUGGAAGUUGUUAAGUAUCCAAUUGUUCAGGCAUCCGAUAUUGAAUAUAUAUAUGUUGGAGAUUUCCAAAAGAGUUCAUAUUUAAUGGAUGAAUUUAAAAGUGUUUUGUACUAUAAAGGAGAUACUUCUCAAAGAGAAAGUGAAAUUGUAUGUGUUUUAAAUUAUAAGAAUCCUGUUGAUGGGUAUAUUAUUUAUAAUGAUUCUGAGAUAGUUGAUAAUGAUUUACUUAGUUGGAAUAGAAGAGGAUGUCCAUGUGAUGGAGGACAAUGUAUCUUAAAAAUUAAUGAUGAAGAAAAACCAUCUGUUGACGAAGAUACUGUUGCUGUUUUAGGACUCAAUGCAACUGCUCUAAGUACAUGGGAAAUUGAUAUUGAUAAGAAUGUUGAAUUGAAUGAAGGAAAAGCUGUUGUUGAUAAAAUGGUUGUUUCAAAUGUUAAAACACUUACAUUUAAAGGGCUUAGUGGUUCUAUUUCAUUAUUAAAUUAUGCUCCAAAAACUUUAGAAUCUGGAAAAAGUACUAACCCAACUUAUUAUGAUAUUGGCGUGGCAGGUAUUUAUUCUUCUUUCAAGAUAGAGUCUAUCCAAACAAGUAACACUAUCCCUGUUCAACCAUCAGGUUCUGAAAUUAGUUAUAGCGCUCGUUCUGACCUUACAUUUAUGAAUAAUUCUGCUACUUUUUCAUUAACCUUUGAUGAUGAAGGUGUUUAUUUCUCUUCUGUUGUUGCUACUGAUUCCCGACAAGUUAGAUUAGGUAGUAGUGAAUCAUCAUCUAUAAGCUCUCUUAUUCAUUCCAUGAAAUCAAUAAGAUCAUCUAUCUAUUUCGAGAAAGGACAAUGGGAUUAUGAAGCUAAUAGUUUAGAUAUUGAAGUAGACUCUCCACAAACAUUCCCAAUUGUCUUUGCUCCUUCUUCUAAUGUUAGGUUUAGAGAUGUUGAAGUCACUGUUCAUAUCCCAAGUAUUUCUCUUAAUGAACCACUUUAUUUAUUCCGUGUAACAUCAAGUGAUUAUAUUGCAAAUAAUAACAUCACAGUAGUUGUUACUAAAGACCCUGUUAAUACUGAUAAUACUAAGACCAAUCGAAAACAAGAUUCUUCUGUUGAAUAUGAAUUUGUUCAAGUUUGUUCAAUUUAUCUUGCUGUUGUACCUAAAGGAUAUGUUAUUGAAAGUUGUCCAGAUGAUCCAUGUGGUACUAGUGAUGCAGUUAUUAUUCAAAAUAUUACUAACGAUGAUGUUCCAACUUGGGUAAUUGUUAUAUUAGUUAUUGUCGGUGUGAUCAUUGUUAUUAUAAUUAUCCUCUUCAUUGUCUUUAUUGUAGUUGCUCGUAUGUUCUUGUUAAGAAGAAAGAAUAAUAAAGUCUUUGAUGAUGAUGACAAUAUUUUCUAUCAGACUGCUGAAGAAACUACAGAAAAGGAUGAAAGCUCGAAUGAAGAAAAUCAAUCUGGUGAAUCAGGCAGUGGAUCUGGCUCAUCUUCAGGAAGUUCUUCUGGUACUGGCUCUUAUAAAUCUGGGUCUGGAAGUGGAUCUCAAUCAGGAAGUAACUCUGGAAGUGAACAACUUGAAGAAAGUAAAAAGGAGGAUGACAGUUCAAGUGGGUCAGCUCCAGAAUCAAGUGAGGAAGAAGAUGAGUAA